AUGGCAAGAUCUAAAAAGAGAAGAAGCGAUUUAUUAUUACAUGUAACUAAAAAGAAACCUCGUAGUGACAAGUCCAAAGCUAUCGAAAAUGCAAGUCAACUUAUUUUGUAUAUAUGGAGGAUCACCCCCGAGGAUAUGAGAAAUGAAUAUUUACAACAGAUUCGAGCAGAUUGGAAAGAUAAGGGAAGGUUAUUCUUUACCAAGAAAACAAUUAUGAUAAAAGCGUUAGGUAGUAAUGAAAGUGAUGAACAAUCUGUAAAUGUAUCCCAAUUUUCAAAGGAGUUGACUGGAGAAGGAGGGAUAUUAUUCACUGAUGAACCGGUGGAUGAUGUUCUGUCUUAUUUCUCAAAGACGCAAUUUGAAGAUUAUGCCAGAACCGGUGCAUACAUUGAUAAAGAUAUAAUUCUUCCGGCUGGAAACUUGAGAUAUCAUAACACUGAUAAUUACGUGAUAGCUUUUCAAGAACAAAUGUUAAAAAGUUUGGGAAUACCUGUACGAGUGGAUAAAGGUUACCUGGUAUUAGAUCAGGAUUAUACGAUUUGUAAAUAUGGUGACCGACUUACAGCUGACCAGGCUCAUAUGUUGAAAUUAUUGAUGUUCAAGCUUGCUGUAUUUAAAUUAAUACCUACUCAUUAUUAUGACAAAGUAAUGAAUAAAGUAAUUGAUACCGUUUCGAACGAGGUAGAGGAGAAAUUAGUCGAAUGA